AAACCCUAAUCCUGAAAUCGAAAUCGAGCGAACCCCCAAUUCCUUCUUCCCCGACUGCGAAGCAGCGAGCAGCGAGCAGCUCCCAUCGUAAGCCUCCUCGCAAUUCUCAGCCUUCGACAGCAAAUCAUCAUCAUCAUCAUCAUCGGACUCUGUCCGUCCGUCUUCGUGGUCGGGUUUCUGUCUAUCUUUCUCUCUGACGUUCGAUCUUCCGUGGGUCGCGACUCGCAGCCCCGCCUCCCUCGUCCAAGCCCGCGAAGAUGGAUGCAUCUGGCUAGGAUCGAUAGUGAGUUCGAAAGAUGGGGAGGCCUUUUGGAGUCAAACGGGGGAACAAAAAGCGGAAGGAGAAGUAUGAUGAGCAUAUUGAGGAAGGGGAACAGGAGCAAGAAGAACCACAGCCGAAGCAACUAAAAACGGAUGAUGUAUCGAGAGAAGAAGAGGCGGGAAAUCAGGAGAAGCAAUCGGAAGAAGCAGAGGGUGACGUGGUUCAUCAACUCGAAGGCAUACCGCUUGGACCGGUCCAGAGUCAGCUCUCUAAGAGCGUCGGGGUUACCUUUGUUCUCGAGAGGGCUUCAUUAGAAGUCGCUAAAGUCGGGAAGACCUAUCAGAUCUUGAAUUCAGAUGAUCAUACCAACUUUUUGAAGAGGAAUGGUAGAAAUCCAGCUGAUUAUAGACCCGACAUCGUUCACCAGGCUCUUUUAUCGAUCCUAGACAGCCCACUUAAUAAGGCAGGAAAGGUUCGUGCUGUCUAUGUGAGGACUGGAAAGGGUGUGCUCUUUGAAGUCAAGCCUCAUGUCCGUAUCCCCAGGACAUACAAGCGCUUCGCAGGCAUAAUGUUACAAUUACUGCAAAAAUUGAGUAUAACAGCUGCUGGCAAGCGUGAGAAACUUUUACGGAUGAUCAAAAACCCCGUGACACAAUAUCUUCCUGUCAAUGCCAGAAAAAUUGGAUUUUCUCACAGCUCAGAAAGGCUGGUUGAAAUGCAGGACUAUGUGGCUGCUAUCGGUGAUGAUACCCCUCUCGUGUUUGUGGUCGGUGCAAUGGCCCACGGGAAAAUUGAAACGGAGUAUACGGAUGAUUUUAUUUCAAUUUCCAACUAUCCAUUGAGUGCUGCAUGUUGUAUCAACAUAAUUUGCGAUGCCGUGCGGAAGCAUUUGAAAUUUAUUUAACCUACUUGGACAAUAGCUCUCACGGGACAGGUGCUAUGGGUAAUUAUGCAAGACUGAGAUCUAAUAUUGGUGGAGAAUUUACAAAGAUCCAACGGGUGAAAAACAGAGUUGAAGGUGUUGCAGAGGGAAAGAACUUUGUCAAGAGAGGAAUUAAUUUGAUGUGGUCAUGUGAGAUCCACCUGGUUUGAAGGUGUAGGCACACAUAUAGCGCACAUGCGCCUGGCGUGUCCGGUCAAUCUAAAUCUGUGUCCGCCCACUUGGAUUUUUUUUGGUAGUGCUGUUAGUUAAUGGCUCAUCAUCAGAUCAUAGAACUUCUCUAUAAAUUUAGCCCUUGUAUAAUUUCAAUGACCAAAGAGUUCACAAAACGAACAAAGCUUGUCACUGUACUGUGACUAUCAUAUCAGCUUCUUUAGUAUCAAUUAAUUGAUUGAUGAUGAUCCUGAGGGAUUA